AAGGGAAUAUGAUUCCCUCUUAAAGACUGUUCCUCCGACUCUUCAGUCUCACUCUAUUCUGCCUUUACUUUCUUCACUUUGAACACAGCUGCCGUCUAGACCUUCCAUGAUCAAUUGCUCACUAAUCCCUUUGUGUCUCUUUCACUUUCUUUCUCUCUCAAAAGCCUUUGGUACUACUAAUUAAAAUGUAAAAAAAGAGUUGUCAUUGGCCCAAAACACUCUCUGUGGGGUCUUUACUACUUAAGUGGGUUCCCAAAAUGCAAAGCUUACACCUUCUAAUUUGAGGCAUUUUGUUUCAUUGUUCUACAUUGAACAAGAGCAACAAUGAAGAGUAAUUGGGUUCUUUUGGCUCUCAUUUUUGUGGUUCUUUUUGGUGGGUUUUCUUCAGUUUCAGCCACGCCACCUGCAAAAAUUGUAAGUGGGGUUGUCUCCAAUGUGGUCUCUGCGCUUGUUAAGUGGCUGUGGUCACUGAAAUCCACCACCACCACAAAGACAGCUGAUACUUCUAGCCGUUCUAUGAUGAAAUUUGAGGGUGGAUAUACGGUGGAGACAGUAUUUGAUGGAAGUAAGCUUGGAAUUGAACCAUACUCACUUGAAGUGUCUCCAACUGGGGAGCUUCUUGUAUUGGAUUCUGAAAACAGUAAUAUUUACAGGAUCUCAACACCAUUGUCUCGUUAUAGCCGGCCCAAGCUGGUUGCUGGUUCACCUGAAGGGUAUUCUGGGCAUGUAGAUGGGAAGCUAAGAGAGGCAAGAAUGAACCACCCAAAAGGGCUUACAAUAGAUGACAGAGGAAACAUUUACAUUGCAGACACAUUGAAUAUGGCUAUCAGGAAGAUAAGUGAUUCAGGGGUUACAACUAUUGCAGGUGGAAAAUGGGGUCGAGGAGGAGGUCAUGUAGAUGGUCCAAGUGAAGAUGCAAAGUUUUCAAACGAUUUUGAUCUGGUUUAUAUUGGAAGUAGCUGCUCUAUUUUGGUUAUAGACAGAGGAAACCAGGCAAUUCGAGAAAUCCAACUUAAUGAUGAUGACUGUUCUUACGACUAUGAUGGUAGUUUCCACCUAGGGAUAGCAGUGCUUGUUGCAGCUGCAUUUUUUGGCUACAUGCUAGCAUUGCUGCAGCAAAGGGUGCGAGCAAUGUUUUCUUCCAGAGAUGAUCCAAGAACUACUAUUAAGAAAGUUGCAGUUGCACCAGUGGCUCCAUAUCAGAGGCCUCCGAAAUCAGUCAGGCCCCCCUUGAUUCCAAAUGAAGAUGAACCUGAGAGACAAGAAGAGGGAUUCUUUGGUUCACUUGGGAAGCUUGUCCUUAACACCGGUUCAACUGUAGCUGAAAUAUUUGGGGGACUAUUUUCAGGCUCUAGAAGAAAGUCUGUCCACUAUCAUCAGCAGUACCAACAACUGAACAAACAUCCAAAUUCAUGGCCCAUGCAAGAGAGCUUUGUGAUCCCAGAUGAGGAUGAACCACCACCAAUAGAAACCAGAAACGCUACACCCAAAAGGACCUACCCUUUCAUGACCAAAGAUAUGGAGAAGAGCCACCGUAUCAAGCAAAGUCAGCCUUACUAUAACGGAUGGGAUGGUGAUUAUCGCCAAGUUCAACAGCAGCAGCAGCAGCAUAUUCAGCAACAGCAGCAACAACAACAACAGCAUCAUCACAGGCACUUCUCAUCCAGCCCUCAAACUUACUAUGAGAAGAGCUGUGAAACAAAUGAAAUAGUCUUUGGAGCAGUUCAAGAACAGGAUGGACGUCGUGAGGCAGUGGUAAUAAAGGCUGUUGACUAUGGAGAUCCUAGCUAUAAUCAGUACAAUAUUCGGCCUCGAUUGAAUUACAUGGGUUAUUCUCAGGCCUAUUGAUCAUCUACAGCUACAUUUUAUUAGAGGGCAACAAAAGAAGCUUGUAAACUUUUAGUAUGUGAGAUAUGAAGAUGGGAUGGUUAAAAGUGGAUGUGAAAGGCAGGCAUGACUGUUUCAGGGUUAUCGUUUUUAUUUUCUCACAGGUAAUGUCUUCCAAAAUUUCCUUAGUAAAAGUACAUAUAUGUAAUAUAUA